UAUAUUAGAUUUAAUAUGUUACAUUAAAUGUUUGAUGGAACAUUCAAAGGUCACGCCUGUGAUUAUUAUUGUGCUUCAUAAAGGGGCUGUUUCUGAGCCAAAACUCCUCAUCACGUCAGCGGAGGGCGGAGGCGUGACUCUUCAGUGCGAGGCCGCCUGCUGGCUGCCGGAGCCGCAGAUCACGUUUCUGGAUGAUUACGGAAAAAUCAUCCCUGCGGAUGAGCCAAAAAGACAUCAAGAUGCCAGCGGCUGUUUCACCGUGAGACGAACGCUGACUCUCCGGGACGCGACCAAAAGGGUUUCCUGCAGAGUUCAGCAGCCGGAGACAAAGCAGACCAGAGACGCCCACACGAUCGUACCAGAUGGCCACGGGAGGAUCUGCUCUCUGACCACGAACAUCGCUGUCGGCGGCGGCGUCUUACUGCUGGCAGCUCCGUUAUGUAUGUUAGCGGUCUUUCUGUGGAGGAAAUUUGGCAAAUCGGCGAAGGCGUCGACGUCGUCAAUGAUCAGACAGUCGUCGGAUGAAAGUACGCAAAGUAGUUCCUCUGAAAGUCGAUUGCUCUUGCACAGCGUCAUGGUUGUCAAGGACGACACCAUCGAGAAAAAAAGCAUCACCAUCGAGAUGCUGACAACAAAAGUGGCCGACCUCAACUCAAAGCUUCACGAGAAAGACGAGACCAUCCUCCAGCUACAGAAAAACAACUCCCAGCUCAGAGCUGCUGUUGUCCUGCCAGCCAACCGUCGAGGUCCUUCAGCCUCGGCCGACACCAGCGCUCCGAAAUCCGGCGGCCAGCCGCAGAAGAAGGGACGACGACCUCGCUUAACACGGCAGAACAGUCUUCCAGCACCCGAAUACCCGACACACAAAGCUCGCAGUCACAGCUGCCCCGUUAUCUCAGGCUUGCCAGCGUUGCCCACUUCGUCUUCCGCCAGCACCGCGGUGAAAAAGCUCGGCAGUAUCGGUCGUUCAAUGAGCGAUGCUUGUCCUCAGCCCCGUCUGAAGGCCAAACUUAAGCGGCAGCUUUCAUUCGUCGACCCGUCAACUGUCAACCGCAUCCUGCUCCUGGAAGAUUUAACAGAAGAAUCAGACUAAACCCAAAACUUACUGCAGGCUGAGGCACCAGCGAUGGCCAAAUGAAGCUUGGGGCGCUUUUUCAGACCAAGAGCGCCGUAAAACAGGACAAUGAUUCCACGAGGCUUCAACUGGCCAUCGCGAGUUCAUACUGGCCAUAAGUGCCAUAUCUGAUUUUUAAAAAUGGGGCAAAUUCAAGUCAAACAUUGUGAUGCACACGAUCAAAAGCUGUCUCUAUUUGGCUUGGGCAGUAUGUGAUAUUUCAAACCUUCCUGAAAAAUGUAUUUGUUUUAUUCAUUUCACCUGUGUAAAAUGUAUUUAAAAUCUGUAUGGCACCUUAAUAUGUGUAACAGUAAGAUUCUAUAUAUUGGGUUGUAUGUAGGGACUCCUUUAUUUAAAACUGAUUUGUACUCAAGAAGUUUUGAUUUUUAAUUUAAU